AUGGAAAACGUUUUAGUCCUGAGUAAGGAAGAGGAUCAGAUGGAUUUGCCUCCUGGGUUUCGUUUUCACCCAACUGAUGAAGAGCUUAUUAGUCAUUACCUCUACAGAAAGGUAACUGACACAAAUUUUUCUGCUAAAGCCAUUGGAGAGGUUGACUUGAACAGGUCUGAGCCAUGGGAUUUGCCAUGGAAAGCCAAACUGGGAGAGAAAGAGUGGUACUUUUUCUGUGUGAGAGACAGAAAAUACCCAACUGGGUUGAGGACCAACAGAGCCACUGAGGCUGGAUACUGGAAGGCCACAGGGAAAGACAAAGAGAUUUACAGAGAAAAAACUCUUGUGGGAAUGAAGAAAACUUUGGUUUUCUACAAAGGAAGAGCACCCAAAGGAGAGAAAACAAACUGGGUCAUGCAUGAGUAUAGACUUGAGGGUAAAUUCUCUGUCCACAACCUCCCCAAGACUGCUAAGAAUGAGUGGGUGAUUUGCAGGGUGUUUCAGAAGAGCUCAGGUGGCAAGAAGACACAUAUUUCUGGGAUAAUGAGGUUGGACUCUUAUGGAAAUGAAUUGGGUUCUUCUAGUUUGCCUCCUCUCACUGAUUCCUCACCUUCCAUUGGCACCACCAAAGCACUUGGUGUCACUGAAUCGGUUUACGUGCCCUGCUUCUCCAAUCCAAUAGAUGUUCAAAGAGGGAUGUUCGAUUCCUUCAACAACAACACCCUUUAUGGCCUUUCUUCAAACCAUUCAUUUUACUCUACUUGUGGGGUAACUCCACUUCAAGUUCCACCAAAUUUGCCAUUACCUGCUUCUGUUUGCAACCUCCAGGAUCAGACAAUUCUUAGAGCCUUACUGAAUAACCAUGGAAAUGGAUCAAGCUUGAGGAACAGUUUCGAACCAGAGAGGGAAAUGAUCAGUGUUUCACAGGAAACAGGUCUUACUACUGAUGUGAACGCUGAAAUCUCUUCAGGUGUGUUAAAUUGUGAUGUGGGUAGGAGGCACUUUGAGAAUCAGCAGAACCCGCCUGCUUCAGCUGCACCAGUGGACCUUGCUAGCUUGUGGAAUUAUUAAGUUUAAUAUUUGAAAGAAAAUCAACUUUUCAGCGGAAAUUAUUCUCUGGGUUUGAUUCUGAUGCAGUUGUCGUUUGUUUGUCUGUAUAGAUUUUAAGUAAAAGAUGGCACCGAAUAAUCGCGAAGCAUAUCAUAUAUUCUGUAUUGUAAGAUAUAUUGUGAACUUGUGCUGUUUUGGUCCUUUGAUACUUUAGGUAGUUAUGGUUUGGUUGGCAUGAGCGUAAAUGAUUAUUGUGUAUCAGCUUGGGUUAAAUUAAUGCUAGAACGAGACAUUGUUU